CCUCCUUUUGCCACUAAUUUAUUCGUGCAAAUCUACAUAUUUAUAUAUCCUUUAAUUUUUAACCUAAAUUCACAUUAGAACUCUACUUUCUUUUGUCAAGAAAUGGAAUUAAUUCACACAUUUCUAAACCUAGUGGUACCUCCAUUUACCUUCUUCACCCUUUUGCUUUUCUUGCCACCGUUCCAAAUCUUUAAGUUCUUUCUGUCAAUCUUGGGAUCCAUUUUCGCUGAAGAUGUUGCAGGAAAGGUUGUUAUCAUCACCGGUGCCUCCUCCGGCAUCGGCGAGCAUCUUGCAUAUGAGUAUGCUAAAAGAGGAGCGUGUUUAGUUCUUGCUGCGAGGAGGGAGAGGAGUCUUCAGGAAGUAGCAGAAAGGGCUCGAGAUCUUGGGGCACCUGAUGUUGUAGUGGUUCGUGCUGACGUUUCAAAGGUUGAGGACUGCAGAAGGAUUGUUGAUCAGACUAUGAAUCAUUUUGGUAGAUUGGAUCAUCUGGUUAAUAAUGCUGGACUUUUCUCAGUUUCUAUGCUGGAAGAGGCUGAAGAUGUCACUGAUUUCAGAGCAAUCAUGGAUAUCAACUUCUGGGGUUAUGUCUUCAUGACAAAAUUUGCAGCUCCUUACCUCAGAUACAGUCGGGGUCGAAUUGUUGUACUUUCUUCAUCUGCUUCUUGGUUGCCAGGACCAAGGAUGAGUUUUUACACGGCAAGCAAAGCAGCAGUUUCACAGUUCUUCGAGACACUAAGGAUAGAAUUUGGGCCCGACAUUGGGAUAACGCUUGUCACUCCUGGAUUCAUAGAGUCUGAACUUACCCAAGGCAAAUUCAUAAGUAAAGCUGGAAAACUUGAAGUUGAUCAGGAUAUGAGAGAUGUUAAUGUGAAUAUAAACCCCAUCCUGAGAGUCGAGAGCUGUGCAAAGGCAAUUGUUAACCGUGCUUGCCGGGGUGAAAGAUAUGUGACUGAGCCAGAAUGGAUUAAGUCCACUUUCUUUUGGAAGAUUUUCUGCCCAGAGGUGAUUGAAUUGAUGUAUAGAUUGCUUUAUCUCACCAGCCCGAGUGACUCCCCGAAGGAGGCACUUGGCAAAAAGCUAGUAGAUUACACAGGAGCAAAGGCAGUUCUCUAUCCUCAUAGUGUCCAAACACCGGAAACUAAGAAGGAUUAAGGUUGAACUGCUGAUGGUUGUCUAAUGUUCACAAGUUUGAGUUUGUCUAGAGGUUCUCGUGUCUUCUGUUGGUAACAUUGAGGUACCAAUAACUAUGGUUUGUACAGAGUAUAAUUUGAAUAAUUUUGAACAGACGUGCGGAAUAGUGCCAAACUGAUAUGCUCUGUGUUAAAGUGUGUUGGCCCGUCUAUGUUACAGGCGGCCUAUCCCAAGAAA